AUGGGCGUGCCAAACACCCCAAGUUCUUCAACAACCACACCCGCACCACCUAAACGAUCGAGAGCACAACCAACUGCUGAUGGUCAAACGCAGUUCCUCUACCUAAUUCUCAAGCAACUUGAUCUCAAGGCUGUCAACUGGCAAGAGGUAGCGGACGGCAUUGGCAUCAAGAACGGUCACGCUGCUCGUAUGCGCUGGAGUCGCUUCAAGGCUCAGACCGAAGGUCUGCCAACACAGUCACAGAAGAAGUCGCAGAAGAAGAAAGAUUGCGAGGGUAAAGCCAUGGCUUGCGGUGAUCCUAACCAGAAUGGAAGCGGUGGCUACUACGGCUCGUCUAUGAAGCAUGGCUACGACAACAGCUUGGAGGCUGCGAUGGCUGAUGAAGGUGCUCCAACCACGAAGAGAGUCAAGCUCGAGUAUGGUGGUUUCGGUCCCGCUCCUCCCCCAUUUAUGAUGCCUCCUUUCAUGGGGACUCCGCCGCCCGGUCAUGCUGCUCCGGCCAACUAUGCAUCUCCUCAGCUCUUUGCUCAACAGACCGCUGCUGGGAUGUGGGGACCUUCGCCACCACCACCGAGUGCCAUGAUCAAGGCUGAGCCGGGAGUCAACAUCAAGCACGAGUAUGGCUUCGGUAUGUUGCAACACCAGGCCCCAACCCAGCCAGUCGCUUGCCCAUGGCUAGGUCCACCUGCAACAUCGACUCCAGCGACCGUUGGUCCCGCACAAAUGCCGCAAGCACACAUCCCUGUCGCCGCAAGCCCGAAAGCUACCAAUACACAUGUCGCGAUCACAGAUCCCGAUGAUCUUCCCAUCAGACAAACCCUGGUCAAGAUCGAACCAGUUCCCAACGGCGUCGACCCAACUCCUUCUGCACAUGCUACCACCUCAACCAGCAUCUCAAACCAAGCCAGCAUCUUAAUCCCGGUACAGGAUCCAGCCACAGCUACCGAGUCUACUGCUGCUGCUGUCACAGCCCAGACCUCUCCGACUUCUGGUUCCCCAGAGUCCUCCGAAGCAGUGGUGUCAUCAGCCAAAACCGCACGCGUCUCCGUUGCCCUCUCAUCAAUCCCCCAAUACGACGGCACCGACGAGAACGACAAUGAAUCCACCAAGGAUGUUCCGCUCGACACUGAGCAGCGCAAGAACAACGAAGCUUCUCCGACAGAGUCCGCCCGAACCGGUCCAGUUGAGUUUACCUCUGAAGGUAGUCCGAUUCCAGUUCCACCUCAACCAAGCGGCCUUGGUGUCACUCCUCGAGCGUCCAUAGAGCCUGUCCAGCAGCCUACUCCCUCGAACCAGGCUCCUAACAGCGCCACCUCUGCUCAGCCAAUCGCAUACGCACCUCAGCCUUUCCUCGCUCAACAGCGCGACGCGUUCAUUGCGGCCCAGCUCGCUCCCGCUCCUUAUCCAGCAACUCAACCUACCUGGAGCGCCAACCCCUACUACAACCCGUACUUCAACACGUUCCUCAACUCCGAGGCGGCCUCCAGAGCAUCAGUAGUCCCAAUGAGUCCGUGGCUCAACAGCGAGUACGGCUCGUGGGACCCGGGCUGGCAUCCGCUCGUCGCUGAGGAUGUUGUGUUUCCCGCCGUGCCAUAUCAGCGUGUCCCGCAGCAACUUGGCCAGUUCUACAGUGCUCAGAACGGCAUGGGGGCCGCCCCGUCAUACAAUUUGCAGGGUAUGGCUGCUCAGGCGUUGGGUGGAGCGAUGAAUGGGAACGGGUUUGUGGAGCAGGAGAGCUUUGUCGCGCAGCUUGAGGGCGUUGGAACUGGAACUGGAGAUGGUGGCAGCGAUGGUGCUGGAGUUGGAGCAGAAGCAGCAGGCAAAGAGCGAGAGAUGGAGAAGUAA